AUGUCAUUGUACACUGUGGAAGCUGUUCUAAUAUUGGACUCAGAAGGUAAACGACUAUACGCCAAAUACUAUGAACCUCCUCAUGGUUCCUUAGAACAGCAACAAACCAAGACAGAUUCCAAAGCAAUUUCUUUACUACAUCCUCAUUUCAAAACAGUGAAAAAGCAAGAAGAAUUUGAAUCCAAAUUGCAUGCCAAACUAGGUAAACAAGAUGACGAAAUCAUCAUUUUUAAUGAUCAUUUGAUUCUUUAUCAACAUACUUCAGAUAUCACAUUAUAUGUAAUUGGUCCCAUCAAUGGGAAUGAAAUCAUAUUGGAUGACACUUUAACAGGUAUCAAAUCAUCAAUCGAUAUGAUCAUGGGCCCAUAUGGUGGUGUAGAUAAAAGAAAUAUUCAAGAACAUUACGAUGAAGUCCUAUUGGCCAUUGAUGAAAGUAUCGAUAAUGGGAUCAUUAUGGAAAAUUUCGCUGCUACUAUUGCGGCAAGAGUGUCAAAACCAACUGAUGAAGAACCGGUUACUUUAGAUUUGGAUAAGGGUUUGAUGAGUGCUUGGGGGUUUGCUAAAAGUAAAUUACAAGAAAUGCAACAAAAUUUCUAA